GAAAUAGUCAUAAGUUUCAAAAGUCUCCAACUUCUACAAAUACAAACCUAAAUCAACAGGACAAAACAACAAACCAGUUAACUAUCUGCCUAAAAAUGACAUACACAUAAAUAUGGCAUAACGAAAUCAAACCCGUCCAAUAUCCUGCCACAACGUGCAAUAGAAGACAAGAUAAGCAUUAAUCAUGAUGAAGCCAAAGGAAGUCGCCGUUCCUACCGAAGAUCCAGUCAACAAGACGCCUUUAGGGGAAUCCCCAGCUGUGCUCACGAAGCGUUAUGUUGCUAAAGUUAAUUCUUGGUGCCCGAAACCAGAAGUUUACAAUCCAGAAUACGAUAGCUAUUCAGAUGAAAAAAAUCCAAAAAAUAUUUAUUACGAAGACGUAGUCGCAGCGGCCGCAGCCAUCAAGAAUGAUAUACCUACUACACAGCUCCUGAAGUCGCGGCGCUGUGCUGAAUUCCACAUGGAACUGAGUUACAAACUCGAGACCACCCAUAAGACCGGCAGUUUCCUAGAACGUGGGGCUCUUUAUUGUUUGUUGAAUUUGACUGAAGAGCAAAAACAAUAUGGAGUCAUUACUGCGUCCAUGGGAAACUGGGCUAUGGCAUUAGCAUAUCAUGGAAACAGACUUAAAAUCCCAGUGACAGUGGUAAUGCCAGUCGAAACAAGUUUCAGUGUGGUGGAUAAAUGUCACGAAUAUGAGGCAGUCGUCAUUUUGUACGGGAGAAAUUUAGCGGAAGCUAAACGACACGCAUUUUAUAUAAUUUCUGAAAGUGGAUCCGUUUACUUGAAUAGCUACGAUCACCCAAACAGUAUUGCUGGCGCAGGCACAAUCGGUCUAGAAAUAUUGAAACAACAACCAGAAACUGACGCCAUCAUAGUCCCCGUGGGAGGUGGAGGUCUACUUGCAGGAAUAGCCACAGCUGUCAAGAAGAAAAAGCCUCAAAUCCUAGUAUAUGGCGUGGAACCAGAUAAAAGCUGCUGCUUUUUUAAGGCAUUGGAAAAUGAAAUCCCUUACGCAACUGCUGUAACACGCGGAUUAGCAAAAUCCUUAGAAGUCCCUAUCGCUGGAUAUAAUGCUUUUUAUACUGCACAGUCGUUAGUGGAUAAAGUGAUCUUGGUAGAUGACGACUGUAUCGCGAAGGCCGUCACACAUCUGUUGGAGCACGAGAUGAUGGUGGUCGAGGGCGCCGGCGUUACGGGCCUGAGCGGUUUGAUGACGCUGCCGAAAACUACGCCCGAAUUGGCGGAAAAGAAUGUGGUAUGCGUUAUCACUGGAGGCAAUCUGGAUCUCGGUGUCCUACCGCGCGUGGUAGACCGGGCAAAGGCAGUAGAUGGACGCUUGAUAAAAAUCGUUGUAACUUUAAAGGCUCCCCGAAUACGAGAGAAAUCGAAAAUCUUUAACGUGAUAGCAAGUGUCGGUUGCCAUAUUCGUGAAUCCAGCCUUGAACACUCUUGGUCGGAUGACUGUGAUUUCUAUGAUAUCCUCACAUUAGUUUGCGAGGCUCGUGACGCCACACAAGCUGCUUCGCUUAGACGAAUUAUGGAAAAAUUAUUUCCCAACAUGUGUGAAUUCCUGGAUGAGCAGUUUCUCUACAACGCAUACCCAGCAUGUCCUUGCUAUACAAAAGUACUUGCUUUCAAGCCUACAAAUUCCAAAAUGUCUCGAAAAAACGAAGAUUACGACGAGUUCUGCGAUCCUGAUCGUCCUAGGCUCAUCAAAAUGGAGGAUGUAACGAGCGCCGCUGAUAGGAUAAGGGAACACGUAAACUACACCCCGUGUGUGGCAUCACAUUGGCAAGAACAAUUUGUCAUACAUUUGUAUUACAAAGAAGAAUUAUUGCAAAAGACUGGCAGCUUUAAAGAAAGAGGAAUGUUGAAUGCCUUACUGCUCCUUCCAGCGGACAAAAAAAAGAUUGGGGUGGUCAUAGCGUCUUUGGGGAAUGAAGCGAUCAGCUUUUCUUAUUAUGCGUCUAAGAUGAACGUGCCUCUGUACGUGGUAAUGCCGCCGUACGUUGCCAUCAUGAAGCAACAGCGAUGCCACGCUCUAGGAGCCAAAGUGAUCCUGCAAGGAGCCACUCUCAUGGACUCGCAGAGAUAUGCCCGGGCCAUAGCAAGAGAUAAAGGACUGACUUAUAUUAACAGUCGAGACCAUCCUCACAUCUUGGCGGGCUAUGGCACCAUCGGAUUGGAAAUUUUGGAGCAGGUGCCUUACGUGGACGCGGUGAUUAUACCAGUCGGACAAGGAGGCCUAGUGGCGGCUGUCGCGACCGUCAUCAAGUUUUUGAAGCCACAUUGUCUGAUUUAUGGAGUCCAAACGGAAGCAAUGGCCCCAUUGUUCGAAUCGCUGAAGGUCCAAUCGUCUGUGGUUGUGAACACGCAGCAAACAAUGGCUGACGCCAUAGCUGUUCAUUCCACCGGUGCCAACUCCCUACACAAUGCAAUUCCAUUGGUGGAUAAAAUGUUGCUCGUUAAAGAAGAUUGGAUAGCUCGGGCGAUGCUGCACUUGAUCGAAAAGGAGAAGCUCAUAGUAGAAGGGGCGGGGGCAUGUCCUCUGGCUGCGAUCCUAGGAAAUAUUGUUCCCGAACUAAAGACUAAACAUGUGGUGAGCAUUCUCAGCGGUGGGAAUGUGGAUUCUCUUACUUUGAACCGCUGCAUCGACCGCGGACUGGCGGCUGAUUACAGACUGGUGAAGUUCACUGUGAGCAUUAAGAACACGCCAUUUUCCAACGCUCAACUUCUGAAGCUCAUUGCCGCGGGCGGCUACAGCGUGGUGCGCCAAUUCCGAGACAACUCGUGGGUUGACGACGAAACAUACACUAUUGAAGUUAAACUCGUAUGUGAAACCAAAGGCCUGGAACACUCGUUGGAACUGAAGAGAGUCAUAGAACGAGCUUAUCCCGGCGCCGCUACUUUUGAAACAGAACCCUUCAACGACAAAAGGACUUGCCCGUGUUACGUUCGAAAAAUAAGAAAUAUUAUUUAAAAUGUUCAAAAAAUUUCCUUCACUCUCAGGCCUAUGUUUUAUGUAUGUUUUAACCUAUUCUGGCUGAAUUAAGAAAAAAUUGAAAUGUCCUCCCUAGCCCUAAAGAAUGAAAACUUAAAAUUAUAAAGCGAUGUCGAAAAGA